UCCACCCGCUUCUCUCUGCCUACGCAGUACGCACCCACCCGCCCCCUUUCUCCAAAACCCUAAUUCUCAAUUUCAAGAAACAAGAACUAAAUCCCUUCAAAUUUCUCGCUCAUUUCUCUCUCUCAAUGGACCCAGGGAGCGAGAUUAGAAGGAAGAGAUUCUCUGAUAUCACCAACAUCACCAGCGAUCGGAGAUCAGAAUCGAAUGGCAAAGAAAACCCUAAUGGGGGAUCCACGAAGAGUGCCAAAGAUUGCAUCACGAUGCUCCUCAAGGGGAAUAAUCUGCUGCUGAGGCUCGUUGAUGAGAGGAACAAAAUCAUAGAAAUCACUGGCUUGGAGUUGCAGAAGCUUAAGAUGAGCGUAGAGAAAGUUAAUCAACAGAACUGGGAGCUUGCUCAGGCUCACACUAAUAUGCUACAAGAGCUCAACUUGGGUAAAGACAGACUAAAAGCAAUGCAGCAUGAACUUGGAUGCACGGUUGCAGUCCUUGGAGCGAAAACUUCAGAGUUACAGGAGCUGAAAAAAUUGAACAAGCAAUACAAAACAUUUGUGGAGAAGAUCGACAGUGAGGACAAUUGUUUGCAGCCCAACAAAGUGGUGGUAGAUCCAACUUAUCCAAUAAAUUGCAAAAAACCUGCUAAUACCAACAAGAAGCGCACACGAAGAAGUCAAUCUUUAGGGCCUACUCGUCAAGAAACUGUGAAGGAGAAGGAUGAAGGCAGAAGAAAAUCUUUGAGGAGGGCUUGUAAUAUGAAACCCAAACUUUUGGAACCAACUGAGGACUCGUUAGAGAUAGAGGAGCUAAAGCUACCAAAUUACACAAAUGAAGAUAGAAACACAGUCGAUGAUUCACCAAUACACAAAAUUCAUUGUGACCAAAGUAUUUCUCGUAAAAAUGUGAAUCUGGGAUCACCAAGGUCGUCUAUUGGGAGGCCAAUGAGAAAGGCAGCUGAGAAAGUGAAUUCUUACAAGGAAGUGCCAAUUAAUACUAAGAUGAGAAGAGAUGCAUGACUGUAGCAUUGCCUAGCAUUUCCCCCAACCAGAUAAUGACGCUGUAUAUUUUGUGUCAGUGCAAUAUUUUUUGUAUGAUCAUGCUUUAAAUGUAUUGCUUAUACAUAGUGCCUUAAUAACUUUUGGUUACCGCUCGUCACUUCGUAUCACUCUGUAUACUGAUGUAUGGAGAAUUGUUGUGAAAUUUGUGAAAAAUUGAAGUUUGGUAA